AUGCGCUUUGAUGACCCGUUGGACUGGGUUCCCCGCGAUAUUAAACGCACUACAGGAAGACCGCCGACCCGAUGGUCAGAUUUCUUCACGAAGUCCUUAAAAGAAAAUUAUGAUGCUCUUCGUGUCUCACGUGAAAGGAGGAACCACUGGGCGACUCUGGCACGCGAUCGAGACAAAUGGAAGAAUUGCUUGGUGCCCGCUCGACCAGUUCGAAGAUCAACGGGAGUCAAGAUCGUCGGGAAUUCCGUCGCGUUGCCACGCUGUAUUCAACGUUUUCAUUUCAAUCCACGCGAACCUCUCAGAAACCGUACCCGUAUCUGGGAGAACGAUCUCUAUGAAAUGGGCCAGAUCGAGACGUGUGAUCCGCAUUUCGUUAUGCGUUUCUUGUUGACACCGGCGGUUCGUAGUGCUGCAUUUUAUGUCGGCUCUACGUUACUUUGUUCCCUUAUUGGGAAGGUUGUGGUCACACGGUUCUUUUUCGACUAUCCAGUGGUUAUUCUUAUGCUUCAAAUGGCCACUACUCUAUUUAUAGUAGAGCUGUUAAGGGUGUUAGGGAUUGUGAAGUUGUCCCCGUACAGUUUUGAGAAAGGUCGACACUGCUUCCUUCCUUCCAUCCUCUACUGUGUAGCGCAAUGGUUGACAUUGGUUGCAUUUGAAGGAAUUGGCCUUCCUGGUUUCGAGUCUGUGAAAAGGUUCACUCCGUUGGUGAUUCUUCUCGGAUCCACUGCGAUCUCUCGCCAGAGUCGCUUAGAUCAUAUACAGUUGAUCGGUGUUGCAGGGAUCUCGUUCACGUCCUUCUUGACAGUAAAUUUUGAAAUUUCACUCGACCAGUACUCGAUCUUCUAUGGACUUAUUGCUAUCGUUCUGCAAGGCGCUGCUUACAUGCAAUUCGAGUCUCUCUCCCAUACCUAUCAGGCAAUGGAGUUACUAUACAUGAACUCGUUCAAUUCACUGAUUAUAUUCCUGGUCGCAGAUAUUAUACAGGAUGAGAUCCGUGACGCUUUCAUGUACAUGAUGACGUCAGCGCAUCCACUUUUCGGUGGAGCUUUUGCUGUAUUAUUAAUCUCGUCAAUUUUCCUUCAAUACGCAACAUUUUCCUGCAUUGAACAGAACGGAGCGCUGAAUACACAAAUUAUUUCAAACGUUAGAGCUGCUUUCCAGAUUUUCAUCGCUUAUUUCCUGUCGCUCUAUCUUUUCUACGAUGUAUCGCCGGGUUUCCUAAACUACAUAGGUCUAUUGUGCACCGGAGCAGCAGCAUAUUAUCUCUACAAUCAGCGAAAUUCUGACUCAACUUUGGUGAAGAGUGCAUGGGCAAGCAAGGCUUGA